AUGGUGCACCUAUACAAUGUCUUUGUCUACCCCAUCGUGCGUGACCAGCUCAUCGCCAACACGGUGCUGGUCGCCGUGGCCACCCUCGCUCUGAUUCUCCGGUUCGUCUCUCGGCGUAUCCGGCAGAGUAAGAUCUGGUGGGACGAUGGAUGCUGCGUGGCCUCCAUGCUACACACAUACGGGAUGCUGGCGAUGCACUACCACUACGCUCGCGUCGGGAUGCGCCACCACGUCACGGACAUCCCGCCGGAAAACACCGUGGUCAUCUUCAAGAUGCUGAUCGUCUACCAAGUCGUCUACUACAACGCCAUGGUCCUCGCCAAACUCAGCUACCUCUUCUUCUACCUGCGCAUCUUCGUGACCAAGGGCUUCCGCAUCGCGGCCUGGGUGUGCAUGGGCUGUGCCUGUGCGUACUGGUCCGGGAGCAUGCUUCAGAUCUUCCUGCUCUGCCAGCCCUUCGAGAAGAACUGGAACCCGACGUUACCCGGCCACUGCGCAAGCCAGAACGUGGCGUUCUCGACCAUCGGCGCCUUUAAUCUCGUCACGGAUGUCAUGAUCAUGGUGCUCCCGCUGCACUUCAUCUGGAAGUUGCAGAUGAGCACUGCGACCAAGCUCGCGCUCUUCGGCAUUUUCGGACUGGGCAUUUUUAUAUCCGCCAUCACCAUCAUCCGCAUCCGCGUCCUCACAACAGUCGACUUCCUCGAUCUUCCCUACUCGAUGAUCUGGGCUGCCUUUUGGAGCGUCACCGAGCCGGCCCUGGCCAACAUGAACGCGUGCGUGCCUAUGCUGCGGCCCGUCUUCAAGGCUGCUUUUCCGACGCUGUUUGCCAGCCAGCAGGCCGGAUACUCCACGCAGCCACCGACGGGCGCCUCGGGAAGCAAGAACAACGCUUUCAAGCGGAUGAAUGAUGUCGAUAGCGAGUUUCAGCUUACGCAGUUGGAGGAGCCGGUGACGGUCAGUCGGGAGGGGAGGUCGGGAUAUGGAGACGAGGGCUCGUUGAAUGAUCGGUCACAGGAUGAUCGGUCGCAGGACGGUCGUUCACAGGAUGGGUCGACGCAUGUCCCCAGGAGUGUGAUUGGGACUAAGGCCUGGUCAUAG